CUGCCGCCGCGCCCGGCUGCCCCACGAGCACGCCCCCCUUCCCGCCCGCCCACCGGCCGUCGGGCAGCGCCCCUGCUUCGGGCGGCCUGGCUCUGCAGCUGCCCGUGCUGUGAACUGCCCCGGGAAGCUGGUGCGCAGGUAGCUCCCGGUGAGGAAGAUGGCUGAAGGUUGCUUUCUUUUCGUGGUCCGCAGCUGCUCAAAGUUAGUUGCGGCCAAAAUCCUUCCGUUUGGAUUCUGAACUAUGACAUCAUGGCAAGAUUUCGCAGAAGAACAUGCAUCAUUUUGUUGCUUUUUAUUUUGUUUAUUUGUUCCAUAAUGAUGGCUUUGAAGACUCUGAGACCUGACAGAGCUGGCUUUGGGGAUCCAUUUGGACUUGGAUUGUUGCCCGAGCUUCAACAACGGACAGUGCUCUUAGACAAUAAACAGAAUUCACUAAACAGGGUUCAAGGAGAUACUGUAACACGUGUCAGUAAUUUACAUAGUAUCGCAGUCAAUACUAUGAAGGCAUCUAUGCCUCCUGUAAACAAGCUGGAAGAGGAGCUGUCUUCUCCUAAUUAUAACUUUCACAUAUUCUACUAUAGUUGGUUUGGGAAUCCACAGUUUGAUGGUAAAUACAUUCACUGGAACCAUCCGUUGUUGCCACAUUGGGAUCCCAAAAUUGCAAACAAUUAUCCAAAGGGAAGGCAUAAUCCUCCUGAGGACAUUGGGGCCAACUUUUAUCCUGAACUCGGAUCUUACAGUUCCAAAGACCCUUCUGUCAUAGAAGCCCACAUGAAACAAAUGCGUUCAGCUUCAACUGGUGUAAUAGUGCUUUCAUGGUACCCACCGGGUAUGGCUGAUGAAAAUGGAGAACCAACUGAUGAUUUGGUGCCUGUUAUUUUGGAUUAUGCACAUAAAUAUAAUCUAAAGGUCACUUUUCAUAUUGAACCUUACAAAGAUAGAGAUGAUCGCAGUAUGUACCACAAUGUCAAAUACAUCAUUGACAAAUAUGGAAGCCAUCCAGCCUUUUACAGGCAUAAGACCAGCACAGGCAGAUUUCUUCCCAUGUUUUAUGUUUAUGAUUCUUACGUAACAAUUCCUGAAAUAUGGGCAAAUCUGUUAACUGUUUCUGGAUCCCAGACUAUUCGAAAUACUCCAUAUGAUGCGUUAUUCAUUGCACUUCUUGUAGAAGAAAGACAUAAGCAUGACAUUCACAGAAGUGGCUUUGAUGGAAUGUACACGUACUUUGCCACCAAUGGCUUCUCCUAUGGCUCAUCUCAUCAUAAUUGGGCAAGUUUAAAAGCCUUUUGUGAUAGUAACAACUUAAUGUUUAUUCCAAGUGUGGGGCCAGGGUAUAUUGAUACGAGUAUCCGACCAUGGAACAACCACAACACCCGUAAUCGUGUCAAUGGGAAAUACUAUGAGACUGCCUUCAGUGCAGCCCUUUUGGUGCGACCAGAAAUUAUUUCUAUUACAUCUUUUAAUGAAUGGCAUGAGGGAACUCAGAUUGAAAAAGCUGUCCCCAAACGGACUGGACAGGUGGUUUACCUUGAUUAUAAGCCCCAUAAACCAAAUGUUUACCUAGAACUUACUCAGAAGUGGUCUGAGAAGUACAGAAAAGAACAAGAACAGUGGCUUAUGUGAGCUGUUGCUGCUGCAGUUGUGUCCUAAUGCAUUGACUAAAUUGAGAAAGAAAUUGAGAGCUGAAAAAUCUGUUAUUAAAUGUCUUUAUUAUAGAUAUGUUCAAAUUAUUAUAUCUCUUGAAUGUAUAUGCACUACUACUGAAUUUGAAUUUUGAAGAGUAAAAAGAUGAUGAGAAUAUUGGCAUCUCAUUAAUAUUGUAGUUCAAGAAUAUUCAGGGAGAAUGCUGGGGGUUUGUUUGUUUGUUUGUUUUAAACUUCAUAACUUGCAUGCUGAGCUUCCAGAACAUCUACAUGGCAUAACUCUACAUGACCAAAGUAGAACAAAAAUUUGGCAUAGUUAUACUUACUUCCUUUAUUCUUGUAGUUGUGUUUCUAAUCAAAGUGAUGCUGUAAUCUAAAUUUUUAUCCUGAUAGCUUCUUGCAGGAUGGAUGUCUGUAGUGUGUGGAAUAAUCUACAUCUACUGUUUUUAAUGCUUUGCACACAGGGAGUUCUUGACAUACAUCUAGCUUGUGGUAAAAACAUUGAAGAGGUAUGUGUGAUGCAACAA